GCGACGUCGCCUGCGCCACGUCCUCGCCUUCCACUUGCGCAAUGUGUGUCUGGAGGCACCCGGCCCGCCCAUGCUCUCGCACUCGCCGUCGCCUGCGGGAGGGACUCUUGCGCUCGAGAUGGCGGUCGGCCACGAUGUGUCACCGUCGGGUAUGUUUGCUGCAAGCGUCUCGCACAUCUCCAACUCGAUGCUGUACGCGUCGACGUCGUCGCUGGCGUCGUCGGCCGGAGCUGCCCACCGUCCACCGAAGGCGCAAGCACUGUGCGAUCUGUGCGGCCGAGGCUCGCUGAUGCCGGUGUGCGAGCUGACUCUGGCGCAGUCGACAGUCGGCGGCGGGACGCAGCGCAGCGUCAGUGAGAUGGUCGACGACGCCGACGCCGGCGACGGCCAUGUUGUGCUGUUUUCGGCGCUUCACGCCGAGCCGUCGCUGCAGCCGUCGUGGACGUCGGGCGAGGGCAGAGACGAGGUGUUCUGCACGAGCCUGGCGGCAGCGGCAACACGGUUCUUUACCGCUACCGUCCGCGCCACGCUCUGCUGCGUGAGGUGCGCGGCGGCGAGCGCGGACCCGCCGGCGGUGGUGCUCACGGCGCAAGUUGAUCUUGACGAGCUGUACUUUCUGGGCACGGACCUGCAGGCGCUGAGCCUGGGUCCCAACGUCGUCAACGUCUUCAUCCUCGAGCUGCACGACGGGUACUACGCCCCGCGGUCGCUCGGGCGUGCGCUCGAGGCCUGCGGCGCGCUCACGCUUGAUCGCCCGCUGCCGCUCUCGAUGGAUGACAUUGCCGACACAACAUAUGAGUGUCACACGCUAAGGGCUCUGCUGGAGCUGGAUGCACAGCGCAAGGCGACGCUCUCUGAGGUGUGCAACCUGACCGAGUCAAUCCGCACCACGCUAAUCCAGACUGAGGGUCUCCGGGCUCGGAUCACCGCCGCCAACAAGGUCGACGCCCGAGUGGCGGCGCUUCGCGCCAAGCUCGCCGCCCGCCGCGAGGCUACUACUGCAGCGAGAGACCGACUCGAGCGCCUGAAGGCCGGCCUUCUUCCGCGGGCCAAGUCGAUUGUGGCGUCGCAGAUUGAGCUCAUGUCUGCGCGCAAGCGGCUCGCGGCAUCAGAGGCUGUGCUCGAGGCCAACGAGCAGCGUGGCACCCGGCUACUCGACGCCCUUCUCGAGAGGCGGUGCGAGCUUGUCGGCGAGUUGUACAAGGCCUUCCCCAUCACCGCCGGUGAGCACCCACGGCUUGGCACCAAGAUCUACCGCAUUCUCGGCCUCUGGCUCCCACCGCUGCGGACCGCGGCCAUGGAGCCGCUCACCGAGGAGAUGGCGUCGGCACUCGGCCACGUCUGCACCGUCCUUCACGCACUUUCCAAGUAUCUCGCCACCCCGCUCCGCCAUAGGGUCGUCCCCAUGUCGUCGCGGUCGGUGGUUCUCGAAGCCGUCGACGGCUCGGCCGGCGUCGUCAAGUUCCCGCUGUACGUGGCCAAGGGCGCCGGGCGGCGCGAGGCCCAGCAUGGCGUCGGCCUCCUCCACGCCAAUAUCCAGCAGCUGAGCCACACCUUUGGGCUCGGCAUCGAUGCUGCCGACGCUGACCACCUCCUCCUCAACGUGCGUAACUUCAUCGAGGCCUUUCUCCGUGGCGAAAUUGGCGACCGCCCGGCGGACCGCGAGCAGGCAGGCACCUCGGUGGAGUAGAUGUGCGUCAGCGGGCAAGCCUGGGGUGUGGCAUGUGCAACUUUAUGGAGGCCAUCGCCGGUGGUGCUACAUCAGCGUGCAGCAUCCGCCGCUCUUGUUGGCCUUGGCUUUCAGGUGGCUGAGGACCGCCUCGUUGCCGCCGCUCUCAAACUUGGGCGCAAUGGUCUUGUCCUCAAACGGGUUGCCGUCGACCCGCAGCUCUUGCAGUGCCUCGAGCUUACCCAGCGCGACCGGAAGCGUGGUCAGCUGGUUGUUGGCCAUGUUGAGCGCAGUGAGCGAGCGGAGCUCGGAGACCUUGGAUGGGAUCUCGGAAAUGGCGUUGUUGUCGAGCGCGAGGUCCAUCAGCGCCGCCAGCUUGAAGAACUCGUCGUUGAACUCUGUCAGCUUGUUGUCGC